AUGGAAGACUUUCGCUUUGAAGCGGGCCGCGAUCAGGUGCAGGAGGUCAGCAGUAAUCUCGAAAGUGUCAAACAUUCCAUGAAUCCUAACGAAUACAAAGAAACUGAUUCGACCAGCACUACGUUUUGUUCACUUCCCCAAAAUGCAAAUAUUCAAUUCAGAUGCAAACGGUUGGUAACGUUACCACGAACGUCAGGAGUUCAGAAUCUGAGGGGCUUUCUGCAGCAGCAUGCGCACGCUCCGUGUCCUACCACACUUUGUGCGGUCAACCGACGCAGCUCAUCAAAUAUCAUUGUGGAACACGAUAUUGCAGGAAAAAAUAGUUCCAUCCCUCGUAUUAGCAUGCUUUCUUCCCAUGGAUCACUGACCGCCAGGUCUCCGAUUCAAUGUGCUACUGUGGAAACUGCAGUGUAUCCAUCCGAACCUGAUUUAAAGACAGCGUUGGAGCACCAUAACGACAUUACUGUGGGUAAAGCAAAUGUGAUGGAUGUUCUCGAUUCCCAGCCUGUUCUUCCUCAACGACGUGUUCGUUCCUUAUCACAGAGUCUGGCAAAUGCUAGCGGUGGUGGAAGUCCGAGAGAAGAAUGGCGCUCAAGUAUGAAACAGUCUUUUGUCAGAGUUAGUGAAGAAGAAAGAGAUGAUUCUGCUGGUGGUGAAGAGGUUCAGAUCAGAUCCAUUCAUAACGAUGGGCAUUUCAACAAUCAUCGUCUGAGCAAGCUGUCAAUCCACACAAAUAACGACGAAUUUUUCUACGUUGGUGGUCACCCUCCCUCUGAAGGUCGUACAAGCCUGCGCUCUCGCGGGACCAUUAGCAGACAGAGCAUGCUGCGAUCGUCGGAGUUCCUCUCUGGUACGCAAGACGAUGAACUGGCAGCAGAAGCACUUGGAGCCACUUUCAGUCCACAGUCAAUGAAAUCGAAUUUUGGCGAUGGCGGAGAUCUUGAUCACGAAGAUAACGAAAUUUUCGAGGACGCUCCUCAACCUGAGCAGUGGUCUCGCCUGCAGGAAAUUCCCACCAUUUUACUCAAUGGAAAGCGGCUGUCCGGAUCAAGCAAUACUGGCUCCCAUUACAUAACAGCUCCAGAACAACUAAGGUCUGAGGAGGGCGGCGGUGAAGUUUUGGAAACCAUGUCAUACCGGAGUGAGCAUCUUCCUAGCGAGGACCAGCAUAUUCGUAGUGAGUAUAGCGCAACGACCACAUUCAUCUCAACUGUGUCUACACAUAGCUCUCAUGAGUCACGGGAGGUUAGAAAAGUAGUCAGGAAUAAACAAAGCUAUUCCUCAGGCUCCAACGUUGUUAGCGGAACUGAUAACACCCAGAGGUCACGAUCCACUGCAGACGACUCCACAGCACAGCCACAAAGUCCACAACAAUUGUCAGACUCUGUGGUGAAUGUGCACUCGAUCCAUUUGCCAUACGUCAACCUUGAUACCAAGGACGGCGGCCAGUUCCAGCGCUUCACCGUUUCUCGUCAAGUAUUGCGCCCUACUCCGCAAAACGUUUCUGAUGAAAACGAACCAGCUACUGUUCAUGCAUCUGCACGAGCUAUGUUUUCGUCGUCAGCCAAUCUUCAUGCCUCUGAUAGUCACCAUCCUCCCACUGCAUCCCGUCAGAGUUUGCGGCUGAGCACGCAAAACAUCGACGAUGAGAUCCAGCCGGCCACGGCGGAGAUGUACUCAUCCAAAGCCAGCCUCCAUGCCCCUGAUGGUCCUCAAGCUCUCACUGCAUCCCGUCAGAGUGUG